UUUCCUCGUUGCAUUCCAGCAUAAGGUAUCGUCAGGCCGUCAUAUAGCAGUGAUUAAAGAAAUGCCGUAAUCCGAAUUCUGUUCAUUCAUACAAACUUCUACUUUGAAAUACGUUCAAACCACAAUGGGAGGAAAUCAGUCUACAUCAAGAGACAAGCCCAUAGCCUCCGUCAAUGAUAAGAAGGAGAUAACAGUCAAUGCAGUAUGUUCAAAGAAUCCAGAAGGACCACCACCACCCUACGAGUCUGAUAAUCAGAGUGUAAUUCCCGUAGGCAAAUGGAUCAAGUGCAAAGUUUGCCAAGCUAGCAUCGACACGUCAGGCAAAGAGGAUGAUCUUGUUAUCAAAUGCUGCCAGUGCAAUGAAGUAACUAUAUUACGAAAUGCCCCAUCUGGGAGGAAAUUUGUCCGCUGCAUUUGCAACUGCUUACUUAUCUGCAAGACUUCAGCACAGACGAUCCUCUGCCCAAGGCCAACUUGCGAGCGCAUAAUAAACCUGAAAACCUGUCCGUGGCGCGUGGAGAGGAUGAAAAGCCCAGGUUGUGACGAAGACUAUGAAGAUUUAACACUUAAAUGCUGCGCAAGUAAAGUACGGGCCAUAAGUUUUUGCAUAGCGUGUAAUUCUGUAUUCCAUCAAUGCUGCUUGGAUAAAUAUGAGAACUUGAAAGUUCUUGACAAGAUCACCGUCAUAUGCUGUCAAGGAGAUGUUACAGAUUCAGUGUCGCAUUCAGGAAUUGAAAAGGAGAACGACUCCGUAAAAUCUUUAAAAAAAGUAAUUCGGAAGCAGGUUAUGGAACUGGAAAAACUACGUUCCGACAAUAGCUUGCCCGAAGAGAAAUCAAAUUCCAAAAAAGAUCAGGCAGUUACUAGCCAAAAUGGAAACGAUGGUCCUAAAAAUGAUGACCAAAAUAGCGCCAACAAAUCUCUUGCGAAUGAAAACAAGCUGUUAACUAAAUUAGUAGAAGAAAUGGAUAUCAAAAGUAAAUUGCUGCAGGAAAAAAUUGAGUCACUACAGGAAAAAGUGAAUAAACAGAUGGAAACAACAGCAGAGAAGAUGAACAUACCAACUUUAUGGAGAGCCGUAACACGGACCUGUUAUCAAAUGGUGGCAAAAGCUCCGAUACCACAGUACGUCAGCAUCCCGUUGACACGCAGCAUUCACUGCAUGUUUAGUAACGGAUCAUUUUCAAUACUGUCUAGAACAGCCCUUGACACGACUCGAUCCUCACCCUCAUCUAAGUUACUAAGUGUGAACAACUCACCAUUGUUCGUACCAAGUAACGGUAUGAAAAUAAAAAGAUUACUCAAACUUCGUUGCAAACAUUGUUACUUUGUAUGGAGAAACGGAACACGUUAUGUCAUGUGCAAAGCUAAGCCGAGGCAUAAACAGGCCCGUCUUAUGCCACGCGAAGAAAAGUCUUGGAUAUUAUGCCAAGCUACACAGCAUCCUCAACGCGAUUGGUCUUUCUUGGACUCAUCUGAAGUUGCCUCUAUAUCGCAAUGCCUGUCACCCGAUCCAAUGCUUCAAACAGUCCAAAAGUCACUAGUAGCCGAUAAAAAUCUCUAUAUCUCUAAGAAGGAAGAUACCGCGCCUAUACCGGCUGCCGCUGAAUCCACAGUCAAUACAGUAUGUCCGAUCGGUCCAGACGAGUUACCGCCACCCUACCAGUCCACUCAGCAGGGUGGAAUCCCUAUGGUCACAUGCAGAGUUUGCCAAGCUAUGAUAGACAUAUCCGGCAAGCGGGAUCAACACGUUGUUAAAUGCUGCCAGUGUAACGAAGCUACACCGAUAAGAAAUGCUCCACCAGGAAAGAAAUACGUCCGUUGUCCUUGCAACUGCUUGCUUAUAUGCAAGAGUUCUUCACAGCGAAUUGCUUGUCCAAGACCAAAUUGCAAGCGCAUAAUAAAUUUAGCGCCUUCGCCAGUAACUCCGCCCGUUCUCUCUAUGCCUGGAAUGUGUAGAGUUGGAUGCGGACAUUGCCAUGACACAUUUCUGUUUAACACUUUAAAUAACGCUCUUGCUCGAUGCCCGCAUUGUCGCAAAGUAUCAUCCGUAGGACCAGAGUUUGCACGAGGUCGUGGAAUUGCAUUUAUUUUAAUCGGAUGUGUGGCUCUAGUCGUGGGAAUUGCUGUUACACUCGGCACGUAUACACUUGUAAGAACAAAUGGCGGUAUAUAUGUCGCUUAUGUCGGUGCAUUCCUGGUGGCGGUUCUCUGUUUUGGAAGAAGCAUCUACUAUUGUACAAUGAAGAUUAGCCUGAUAGAAGGCCCUAUGUAGUACGAAAAUAUUCCUGAGAAGGGUCUUUGGAUUCGAUAUUCUUAUAAUAUUAAUGUCUGUAAUCAAUUUAGAUAAAGUAUAGAUCAUAAUAUUUCGACAUGCUCUCGGUAUAUACCUAAUGUAUACAGUAUAAAAUAUAAAUAUCUAUUGUACUUGAAUCUAAAUAAUGGUUAUUUGUUUCAACUUACACAUGUUAUGCAUAAAUAAUAUUAUCUUGAAGAUAAAAUGAAUUUUAUGUAUAGGAGAAAAAAUGAAAUAAAAUCAAUCAAUAAAUAUAACUGGAGAAAAUGAGCAUGUGAAAUAGAGAAAAGUAAACAAGCAUUUUGUAAAAUAGAUACAUAUACACAGAUCUAUAUUAAAAUGUGUGAACAUACCAAGAUUUGUCAUGUUGUUUACUUUUCCAUGAUUUAUUAAUUCGCCAUAUACAUAAACAUAUAUCAUAUAUACUUUUUACAAUGAUGUAAGUAAUUUGCAGCUGAUAGACAUAUGUGUUUAUCUAAUUUUUUUUUUUUUAAUAACGAAUCUAUUAUUAUUAAUUAUUAUGUUUAUUUCUUUUAUAAAAAUAAAUUCGGUAAAAAUUUUAACAACCAAGUCUUUGCGUCUUUCAUUAAAUAUCUACCAAAACAUUGCAGAACUAAUCAUAAGUUGAAGUUAUUUAAUCGAAUAUGGAAUCAAUAGCAUAUUCGGGUUUUACGGAUGGCAUUUCACGUUUAAAAUUCGUCGCAAGAAAUUAAUUUCUUUUCAAAAUGAUUUGUCAAUGCUUAUGCUUAUUUCAGUUUACCACAUCAAAGUAGUUGUAAAAUUGUAGAUGUACUUUUUGAUAAAUAUUGCAGUACCGUAUAGAUAUUCGCAAAUGCGUUCGGAUGACUAACCCGAUAAUUAAAAUAUAUUUAACAAAAUGUUUUGAUAAAACUAUUUCUAAAAAUGCAUAUAUAA